AUGCUUCUGCCUUCAAUUGUUGGCGCCGUUGGCCUUCUUGGCACGGUUGCUGAAGCUGCUCCUCGCGGUCCUUGGUUCGGUCGAGUUCAACCCCGAGUUGCUCGAUCUGCUAAUGACUAUACUCCUCCCAAGUACAUUCCCAUCAAAAGUUACACGCCUCCCCAAAACACCACUACUCCUGUAAUCAACUCGACAACUCUUGAGCCAACCAUCCAAUGCCCUACCAACUAUGUAUUUGUCUCUACCAGAACUGUCGAUGUCACAGUCACCGUCACUGCUUCAUCCGACGGAGCUCACUACACCACUGAGACUUGUAAAGACUGCACCAAGACCGUGAGUAUCAGCAACACCGUCCUUGUGCCUCCUACCAAGUACGCUUCGACACUUCCAUACGGUAGUGAGAGCACAGGUUCCCCCUACCACCCUGCCAACUCGACAUAUGCGGCGCCUUCUCAAACAAAAACUGGCAAUGACUAUCCUCACAUCAACUCGACCAUCGGAUACUCAUUCACCACGCCUAUCGACCAGCAUGCCGCGCCCACUUACCAGACCCCCAGGCAAAGCGCAGUCUACAGCUCUCCUGAUGGACAGAUUUCUCCUCCAGUUUACACCAAGCCGGCCAACACCAAGCCUGUGUACUCGGAUCCUGCUUAUGGUAACUCGACUGGUACACAGUCGGGAUACGUUCCUCCCGUAUACACCAAGCCUGCUUACUCUUCUCUUGCUUCCGGUAACGGAACAGUACCUAUGUACACCAAGCCCGUGGACACACCCACCUACUCAGCCCCGGUCUAUACGAAGCCUGUUUUGCCCGGUAACACCUCAGUCGUUACUCCUCCUAUUUACACAAAGCCGGCUGAAACUCCCGUGUACUCGGUCCCCGUUUACACAAAGCCAGCUUACCCUGGUCCUGUGAUCCCUGGUAACUCCUCUACUGUUGAGCCUCCAGUCAUCUCUUUGACCACCGACAACGCAAUCUACACCCCACCAGUCUAUACCAAGCCUGCUGAACCCCCGGUGUACUCAGUCCCUGUCAUCCCCAGCAACUCUUCAACUAUUGAGCCCAUUAUCCCAACUCCCACAGGUUCUGCCACCAGUGAGACUUCUGCUUCGCUCUCGACCAGCGCUUAUGUUGAUCCCAUCUACACACCGCCCGUUUACAACCCUCCUGUCAUCAGCAGUGAGCCUUCUGAGUACUCUACCAUCUCUAUCACCACCAACUCGACCAUUCCUCCCGUGAUUCCUACAACCUCCGAGGAUCCCAUCAUCGUCUCAACCACAGAUAGCACCACAAGCUCAGAGACCGAGCCAUCCUCUGCUGAAACCACUUCCCUUGAUGUCACCAGCUCGCAGGCACCCCCAGUGAUCCCCACUCCUUCAACCACCGAGAUCUUCACUUCUACCGCGGAGACAUCGGAAACCACAAUUACUGAGACGACCGCGGACACUGCCACAACCAGUCCCACCGUGACACCCUUCCAGCCCACUCCCACCCCCGCGGCAUUCAGCUAUGAGCAACCGCGACAAGGCGGGCUGGCUGCGGCUAUCAGGCUGGGCCUCGGGCUCGGCGCCUAA